AUGGAGCGCCCACGGUUUACGGGCUUGCGGAUCCUGCCGGAAGCCGAGCUGUGGGGCUUUGCCCGUCAGCCCGAUGGGGACUUCCGACGGUGGGCCAGUGGGAGCCUCUUCCACCAGCCGGUGGGCGACCCGCAGGGCCCUUUGAACCCGGCGGACCGGCUGCGCGUGGUGCUGCUGGACGCCUGCCCAUUGCUGGCCCUGGAGGAGCCCGGUCCCAGCUCGAAGGGGCGGACGUGGAUGCCAUUCCCCCGUGGGCGCGGCCGGCACCAGCUGGCCCUCGACGUGGGUGGCUUCUCAGCGGAGGAGCUGUCGGUCAGUCUGGAGGGGAGGAAGCUGACGGUCCUGGGCCAGCACGAACUGGAGACGGCGGCCCUGGACGGCUGCCUGUGCCGGGAGACCCGCCAGUUGCGCCAGGAGCUGCUGCUGCCCCCCGACGCCGACCUGGAAGCCCUGACCUGCGCCCUGGCCCACGACGGGCAUCUCCGCGUCCAGGCCCCGCGCCUGCAGCGCACCAUCCCGGUCACCGUGGAGAGGAGCCCGUCCGAGGCCAGCGAGACGGAUGGAGGGGCCGAGGCCAGCGCUGCGGGAGGAGGCGAGAAGCUGGACGGGGCGGGGGAGCAGUGA